AUGCAACGAAAACUAACCAAAAGAAUUCACCAGGGCGACGGUGCAAAAAAACUACAAGGAUUUGCUGAGACCACGUCGUGUGAUGAGCAUCAGUACAAGAAAGAGUUUUACUGUGAAACAUGUCAAGAACUGAUUUGCAGGUUCUGCUCGUUACGUGACGAUCAUGAAUCUCAUCAUUACGUUACUGUUGAAGAAGCUUCGGCAAAAUUUAAACAUGACUUGAACGAUAAGUUGCAGUUACUCAACACAGACUUGGUCAAAAUAGACCAAAAUUUGAUGUCCAUAUCUCAAGCCGAACAGACAUUCAGCUCCCGAGUUACUCAGGCAUUAGGCGUCGUGCAAGACAGAGCUGCUCGGGCAAUGAAAGAAGUCGAAGCAGAAGAGAAACGAGUUUUGGAUGAACUGAAACAACGAGAAAAGGAUAACGGACAAACAUUGGAAGAGAAAAGGAAAAUACUGCUUGAACUGCAGAAACAGAAACUGCAUACGUUGGCUGUAGCCGAGGCUGCCAAUCAGGAAGACUUUAGCAGCAUUUUUUUGGUCCGCUACACUGACAUACGCAUGCAGUUGCAAAAGCGUGGUUGCGAACGUCCUCCCAAAAGCGACGUCAAACUUGUAUACCCAACGUUUCAACGGAGUCAAAACAUUGGUGCCGUCGAUCUUGGUAAGGUGGUGAUGGAGGACACGUGGGAGCUGUGUCAUGAAUUUGGGAAACAAGGACAAGGUGUAGGGGAGUUUGAAACAGCCAGAGGAGUUGCUGCUGCUGCUGAACCUGACGAGAUUGCUGUGACGGACUGGAAAAACAGGCGCUUCGUCAUCUAUGACGUAACGAUUAUGCCGGAUGGAUGGGUGGUUGCUAGCCAACGAGACGUCAAGGUGUACACAAGAUACAUGACGCUAGCAUAUGAGUUCAAGACAGUAGCUGAGAGUGAGGUUGGCAAGACAGAGGUACGCCUCGUGAGUGUAACAGUCAUGCAGAAUGGAGACAUCAUAGCCGGCGAUAUCAAACGGAAGGUGUUGACGCAACAUCAGUCGGGAAAAAGGGGCAAACUCAUACGCACCAUACCGGUUUCGAUACGACCUGACUUCUUGUCUGUACUGAGCAAUGGUUGGAUUGUGAUCAGUGACUAUGAAGAGGGACUAGCGGGCAUAGUGGAUGUGUCUGAUGGCAAAGCUGCUGAAGUCGCCACCGUCCGACCAACCAUCGACGGCGAUCCAGUGAAUCACUGCGCGGGUGUUUGCAGCAACAGCUCGGGUAUCUACCUUGUGGUGAGCACAGGCUUCGUCAACAGCGGUCACGUUCACCACUAUGAUGAUUUAGGUCAGUUUGUCAGCUGUGUGGCCCAGGGACUAUACAAUCCCACAGGAAUCGCAUUCACAGCCGAUGGGCAGCAGCUGGCAGUGGCUGACCUCCAUUCAGUUAAGAUAUAUCACAAGGUGUAA